AUGCGUACGGUGUUGCAGACGACGACCACAGCCACGCCGCCGCUGCUGUCGCAGCAACAGCAGCAGCGGCAGCAUCACCAGCCACAGCAGAGCCACUUCCAUGCGAACGUGAUAGCGUUGCGGAGCCUGCAGCACCGGAUGCAGCUGCGCGCGGAAGCGGCGCAGCCAUCGCAUGCCGGCCCCUCAUUUCAUUCUCACAGUGCAAGUGGCCCAUCAGCGUCGUCACCACAACACCGCCACUGCCAACGCUGUGCCACUCCACCUGCGCCACUCUCUUCCUCUCCACGAAAGUUGACGACAACGCAGACAACACCAGCGAUCCCUGGCGUACCCUUUUCCGCUUGGUCACCACAGCUGCACGCGGCUGUUUUACGAGUGGCAGACUUGGGUGAGGUGGAUAUUACCGCCGGGGCGUGCUGCACGGCGCUGGGCAUGGUGCGGCGAACAGCAACGGCGCAGCUGCCAGAGAUGUGCCACCUUGUCCACGUAGCUAGUGACGGAGAAGGCACACCAGCUGCAGGAAGGUCGCCAGGUGCGUGUGGUGCCUGCAUGUGUCGCCGCUGUGACUGUCUUAACAGACCCUACGCAAGUAGGGAGGAACAGCAGCACCGUAAUCACAGCCGACACCAUAGCCGUCAUCGCAAGCGGCAUGCCAGUAGCAGCAGCAGAAGGCACCGUAAUGACUCAGCCGUCCCCGGUCCUUCUUCACCUGGCCCGCCCAAGCCCUCCACUGCAACAACGGCUCGUCUGCCAAGCGCCAUUCCGCUCCUUGCAAUGCCUGCCAACACUUCACCGGUCGCGUCUCCGUUUCGUGACCAGGACGUGCUGGAACGCAUCAUGGCCAAGUACCGCACCCCUCCGACACCGCUCGCGGAGUCGGCACAGCAACAACAGCAGCCGCUGCACAUCUUCGUUCAUUGCGGAUGUGACCAGAUGGGGGCUCCUGCACCAGCAACUGCACCAGGACCGGCAAAGUACACAGCGACGGUUGCCUCGCCUCCCUCAACUCCGCCACCAGCCGCGUCCGUUCCACCACCGCCACCAGCCGCGUCUCUUCCACCACCGCCACCAGCCGCGUCCGUUCCACCACCGCCACCAGCCGCGUCUCUUCCACCACCGCCACCAGCCGCGUCCGUUCCACCACCGCCACCAGCCGCGUCUCUUCCACCACCGCCACCAGCUGCGUCCGUUCCACCACCGCCACCAGCUGCGUCCGUUCCACCACCGCCACCAGCCGCGUCCGUUCCACCACCGCCACCAGCUGCGUCCGUUCCACCACCGCCACCAGCCGCGUCUCUUCCACCACCACCACCGGCAGGUGCUGGCCCGCUUGUGCGGUCGCCACUACUGGUAGUCGCUCCGCCGCCGAGUGCGUCUGUGCCUGCGACCCCACCGGUGGCUGCAGGUCCACCGCUAACGUCGGGGUCCACUACUGCGCCUACCAACUCCUCAAUAGACAAGGAGAGGCAGAUGCUGCUGGAGAAGGCUGAUAAGUACGUCUGGCAGCUCGAGCAGGAGGUGCAGCACCGCUCUCUGCAUUAUAACGUCGUGCUUCAGCAGCUAGCGGAGGAAGAGGCACGCAGCACAGCGCUACGCCACGACCGAGACGCGCUUCUGGCGCUCAAUAGUGGCCUGCAGGCCUCCCUGGGCUACACCCGAGGCAGCAGAGACUCACGACAGCAACACCAAAACGGAAGCUUUACCCCCUCCUCUUCCACGUCAUCAAGAGAAACGACGCCAACGGCAUCGCCUCAAGGUGCAAGUGAAUCAACCAUGAACAAACCACCACCGUCACAGCAGCAGCAGCCUGCGCGCCGUCUCCCACCUGCGGUCGAGUCCGUCUAUGCCUCUCUGCAGACCCCCGCGGAUGCUAGCGUAGCACCCGUGCCAUUGCCUGCUCCGCCACCAUUGGCCACCUCUGCCCCAGCACCCACCGCAACUGCGGCAGCAGAAGGCCGCACGAGCGCCACGCAAGAGGUGUUACGGCACGUACUACUCGAGCGCGAAGCUGCACUCCAGUCGUCGCCGCGGCCCACCACUAUGACGGCGGCAACAGGUACGACGGGGAGCAUGCCUCACCUUGGCUACUCGGACGGACUGCGCCGCUACGUGGACUUCCUUUAUCAGGAAGCAGAGGCUGGUGCCGCGCAUGUGCGUCGGGCGAGUCUUCCCCUGGCAGCUCCGGCGGCCCCUGCCGCCGCAGCGUCAUCCCUCGCACCCUCACCUCCGCUGACAGCCUACCAGCUGCCGCAGUAUUACCAUACCAGUCCGGCUGGCGUUGGCACAGUGUUGUCGUUGGCGAACCAGGCGCAGGUACAACAACAGCGGCAGCGCCAGCUGGAACUCGAGCAGCUCCGGUUAGAGGUGGCAGUAGAGGGAGAGCGUAUGAAGACAGACAUGCAGCGCUGGCGCGCCUAUCUUCAGCAGCAACAGCAAAGACAUUGA